AUGGGGUAUGAUGGUGGAGGUGGGCACCCGACAAGGUUUGAGCUACUUGGUCAGGGGAAAUUCAAGGCCACGAUGGUUUGUUGGAUUCAGGGACUUGGAUCUCUUGUCGCUUGGAACAGCGUCGUGUCUAUUGAAGAUUACUAUUACGACCUGUUUCCGAAAUACCAUCCUUCAAGAGUUCUCACGCUCCUCUACCAGCCCUUUGUGGUUGGAACCGUAGCCAUUCUCGCAUACAAUGAAGCGAAGGUCGAUACCCGGAAAAGGAACUUAGCCGGUUUCAUCCUUUUCUGUCUCGGCACCUUCUUCCUCAUAGUUUUGGACUUAGCUACUUCCGGCAAAGGAGGGAUUGGACCAUAUAUUGGAAUAUGCGCCCUUGUGGCUAGUUUUGGAGUGGCCGAUGCUCUUGUUCUGGGUGGAAUGGUGGGCGAUCUUUCUUUCAUGUUUCCUGAAUUCAUGCAGUCGUUUUUUGUGGGAUUGGCUGCAUCUGGAACCGUAACAUCUGGUCUAAGGCUUAUUGCUAAAGCAGCUUUUGAGAAUGCCAGUGGUGGUCUUCGUAAGGGGGCGAUGUAA